GGGUGGAAAGUUGGGGCAGAGACGGUGGAAUCUUUGGUGGAGAGAAGAUGGACCUUUGUUGGUUGCUUGUCACACUGGCUGUCUGUGGCCUCUGUCAGGCUCAGGAUUGCCCAGACGUGGAUGACAAAGCUCUCCCGCCGCGACAGACUGUUGGCGUUUGUGAAUAUGAGAAACCAAUUAUAGUGACCGUGAACAGACAGGUGAAAGCCGUCAGACAAGAGCCCUACAACGUUCCCUGUGGCAUCCAGAACACGGACUCCUGUGUGAUGCAUAGGUCGGUAUACUACCUGAAAACAACCCCCGUGGAAGAGCCCUCUACCGAGACGGUCCUCGAGUGUUGCCAAGGCUACACCGGCGAUCCAGGCACAGGUUGCACGCCUACUUGUACCAUCCCCUGCGCUAAUGGUGGAACUUGCACGACACCAGAAGAAUGUUCUUGCCCUGCAGGUUGGACAGGUGUAGACUGUAACACACCUUGCCCGACCAACACAUUUGGCGUUCAGUGUUCACAAAGGUGCACGUGUGAAAAUAACGGCAGGUGUAACCGGUUUACAGGAGAGUGUCAGUGUCCGCCGGGUUAUCAAGGGUUUCACUGUGAAGACGAAUGUGCAGAUGGUACUUAUGGUUUACGGUGCCAGUUUCUUUGUGAGUGUCACAACCUGGCAGCUUGCGAUGUCGUCACUGGGACAUGUUCUUGUGCAUCUGGCUUUCAGGGGCAAUUAUGCGAGGAAUAUUGCGACCAGGGUUCGUACGGGCCUCAGUGUAGCAGGACUUGUCGUUGUCAGCCCGGUGCCUACUGCUAUGCCGAAGACGGGAGUUGCUCUUGCCCUCCUGGGUACACAGGGGACUUUUGUGAGAACGAGUGCAGCCAAGGGUUCUACGGUGUAAAUUGUCAGUCUCCAUGUAUGUGUGAAAACAAUGCUGCUUGUGACCACGUUGAUGGAAGGUGCACAUGUCCUCCAGGGUAUACUGGCUUGACAUGUAGAAGUAUCUGCUCUCCCGAUAUGUUUGGGCAGGACUGUCGCCAGCGAUGUACUUGUCAAAAUGGUGCUUGUCAUCAUGUAACUGGCGUUUGUUCUUGCUUCGACGGCUGGACGGGUGCCAAUUGCGACGCCCCAUGUAGAGCCAAUUACUAUGGCCGAAACUGCUUAGAAGAGUGCCAGUGCUUGAAUGGAGCAUCCUGCCACCACAUGACUGGGGUGUGUCAGUGUACAGCCGGCUGGGUAGGAACAUUCUGCCGAGAUCCAUGUCCACAAGGUAGGUUUGGCAUGGAUUGUACUUCGCCAUGUCGCUGUGACAACGAAGCUGCUUGUCAUCAUGUUGACGGAAGUUGUCGUUGUAGGCCGGGCUGGAAGGGGGCUGUCUGUAACGAGCCAUGUGCUAUGGGCUUUUACGGUCUAGAAUGCGCUGAGAGAUGUCAGUGUCGAAACGGGGCAGAGUGCAACCACAUUUCGGGAGCCUGUCGGUGCACUGCAGGUUGGCAGGGCCGGAACUGUGAAAGGCCAUGCUCCGAAGGUUUCUACGGACUGGGAUGUAACAGAGCAUGCCGGUGUCGAAAUGGUGCCGAUUGUAGUCACAUUGAUGGAGAGUGUUCUUGUACUCCUGGCUGGCAAGGACAGUAUUGCGACGCGCCCUGCAAUCCGGGUCGUUUUGGGUACGAAUGCAGAAUGGAUUGCCUUUGCCAAAACAAUGCUGCUUGUCACCACGUUAGCGGUUUAUGUACUUGUUCACCUGGAUUUACCGGUUCUACUUGCUCGGAUAUCUGUCCCAUGGGCUACUUUGGUCAGGAUUGUCGCAGUGAAUGUCAGUGUCAAAAUGGUGGCGCUUGCCAUCACGUAACGGGUGUAUGCAGCUGUACAGCGGGCUGGCUUGGGCUCACCUGCUCCGACCCCUGCCCACAAGGUAAAUAUGGAUUGGACUGCGGAGACAACUGCAUGUGUAAGAAUGAUGCACUUUGUAGCAACAUCGAUGGCAGCUGCAGCUGUGCGCCAGGAUGGCAGGGAACAAUAUGCGAUCAGCCCUGCGGUGCUCUUCGCUAUGGUACAAGAUGCGAGAAGAUCUGCAGGUGUCAAAACGGUGCCAUUUGUAAUCACAUUGAUGGAAUGUGCACAUGUACACCUGGAUGGCAGGGAGUGUUCUGCGAUGUACCGUGUGAUGACGGUUUUUAUGGCCACAACUGUGCUAAAGUAUGCCGCUGCGUAAACGGUGGUAUCUGCGAUACCGUGACAGGAGCUUGUACUUGUCCUCCCGGCUGGAGGCUAUUUUGUUCUGACCCGUGCGAGUCGGGCUUCUUCGGUCAAGACUGCAGUGGAGUCUGCAGGUGCCAGAACGGCGCAGAAUGUAGUCGGUUUGACGGAACUUGUACUUGUACGGCAGGUUGGUACGGUGCCUCUUGUGAUAGUCCAUGUCGGCCAGGGCUUUAUGGUCCCGGAUGUGAACAAAACUGCAGAUGCAGAAACGAAGCGACUUGUUCUCGUUUCGAUGGAAGUUGUUCUUGUGCUCCAGGAUGGACAGGACGGUUUUGUGAUACACCUUGUCGUGAGGGCUUCUAUGGUGCAGACUGUACCGAGGAAUGCACGUGUGUAAACAGCCUCUCUUGCUCACCCUUUGAUGGCACGUGCUCCUGUUCAGCUGGCUGGAAGGGCCAGAACUGCCAAGACCCGUGCGAUAAUGGCUGGUAUGGUCCGGGAUGCUCAUCGCCAUGCCAAUGUCGAAAUGGCGCGUCCUGCUCAAGAAUAGACGGCGAGUGUUUUUGCACAACAGGCUGGCAGGGGCGUUACUGUGAGGAUGAAUGUGAUAGAGGUACUUUCGGCCCAGGAUGUACUGAAACUUGCCAGUGUCAAAAUAACGCCCCAUGCAGUCGGUUUGACGGCACGUGCGAGUGUAGCCCUGGUUGGAUGGGUCUCCAAUGUAAUAUUGCAUGUCCUAGAGGAUUUUAUGGUGCCAAUUGCGAUCGUGAAUGUGGCUGUUCUAACGAAGCAUCCUGUGACAGGGUCACCGGUGAAUGUGUGUGUACUGCAGGCUGGACGGGUCGUUUCUGUGAUACGGCUUGUUCUAGAGGGCUCUACGGUCCAAAUUGCGAGAGCAACUGUUUGUGUGAAAAUGACGCUUCCUGCAAUCGCUUCGAUGGGACUUGUCAGUGUUCUGCUGGCUGGACUGGAAGGUUUUGCAACUUGGCAUGUGAGCGCGGAAGAUGGGGAGUGGCCUGCAGCGAGGCAUGUCAAUGUCAGAAUAAUGCAGCUUGUUCUCGAUUUGAUGGCUCCUGUUCUUGCUCUGCGGGAUGGAUGGGAAGAGCGUGUGACAUUCCUUGUAGACACGGUACUUAUGGCAUCAACUGCCAAGGCACCUGCUCGUGUAUGAAUGAAGCGUUCUGUUCACGGUUCAACGGUGCAUGUCUCUGUCCACCAGGAUUCAUGGGAUCUUCUUGUGAGCAACCCUGUCCAGAAGAUUUCUACGGUCUUCAAUGCAAGCUCCCCUGUACAUGCGCUAAUCGUGUAAGCUGCUCUCCAGUGGAUGGUAGUUGUAUCUGUCAAGCUGGAUGGAUGGGAGACCGGUGUGACACAGAAUGCCCUCAUUCACGAUGGGGUGUUGAUUGUUCUCAGUUUUGUUCCUGUAGUAACAAUGCUGGAUGUAACAGGUUUACCGGCGAGUGUGCUUGUGGAAGCGGUUGGACUGGUAAGGAUUGCAACAUCGAGUGCUCAGUAGGGUUUUAUGGAGUCAACUGUCUUCAACGGUGUAGUUGUGCUAACAAUGCACCUUGUUCUCGAUUUGACGGUUCUUGUAGUUGCGGACAAGGCUGGACUGGCCCUAACUGCAACGAGCCCUGUGAGGCUGGGUUCUUUGGAGAAAAUUGUCAGCACGCUUGUGGUUGCCAGAAUAGCGGGAGCUGCAAUAGGUUUGAUGGUUCAUGUAUUUGUCCCAGCGGUUGGGAAGGGACGUUUUGUAACCAGCCAUGUAUGGAGGGGUUCUAUGGCAGAAACUGUGAGAACCGAUGUGAAUGUCAGAAUGGUGCUUCAUGCAGCAGAUUUGAUGGGUCUUGCGAGUGUGACGCAGGUUGGACAGGAUUUGAAUGUGAUCAACCUUGCGGGGACGGAAGGUGGGGACCGGGCUGCAUGCAGCGUUGCUACUGUCGGAACGACGCCACUUGUUCUAGGUUUGACGGGGUAUGUUCGUGUACUACAGGAUGGAUGGGGCGGUACUGUCAUCUGCCAUGUACCCAGGGAAGACAUGGUCCAGGUUGCACAGCACUGUGCCAGUGCAGGAACGGCGCCCUGUGUGAUAGGUUCACUGGACGAUGCAUGUGCACUUCCGGCUGGAAAGGUGUCUUGUGUGACAUUGAGUGCGACGAGGGCACGUACGGUACCAACUGUGCCCAAACCUGUCGAUGUGAGAACGGCGCCCGGUGCCACCGCGAAACAGGAGCGUGUUCGUGUUCUCCCGGUUGGCAAGGAGAAUUUUGCAAUGAACCUUGCGUCGGUGAUAGAUUUGGUCUGGAUUGUCAAGAUCAGUGCGACUGCCGCAACGGUGGACUCUGCGACGCGAUCACUGGGGCUUGCAACUGUCCAGCGGGCUGGUAUGGGUUGACAUGUGAACAAAGAUGUCCUCCGAUGAGAUACGGUCCAGGAUGCUCUCAGAUCUGUCGAUGCUUGAAUGAAGCAAGUUGCGACCCGUCGACGGGCAGGUGCGAAUGCCUGUCGGGUUGGAUGGGUACUCGUUGUGAUGUCCCAUGUCAGCAAGGCAGAUUUGGUAUUGAUUGUCUGCAGCAAUGCGACUGUGAAAACGACGCCAAGUGUUCUAGAUUUGAUGGGACCUGUGUCUGUCCACCAGGCUUUGUAGGUCAAAGGUGCGAACGGAGGUGUUCCGGAAAUACGUUUGGUCUGGAGUGCACUGCUGAGUGUCAGUGCCAAAAUGGUGGCAUAUGUUCAACGUUUGACGGAUCCUGCAUUUGCCAGAGUGGUUGGAUGGGUCAGUUGUGCCAAAUACCCUGUGAUGAAGGCUUCUAUGGACCAUACUGCAACAGUCCGUGUCGUUGCUUUAACGGUGCCACCUGCUCUCGGUUUGACGGAAGCUGCGCAUGCACAGACGGCUGGACGGGCUCCUCCUGUAACAUCGUCUGUUCUGGCGGGCGCUACGGACAAGCGUGUGCACAAAGAUGCCAGUGUCAGAAUGGUGCUACAUGUCAUCACGUGACUGGUGCUUGCACGUGCACGCAAGGAUGGACUGGCCCAUUCUGCACACAAAGAGUUCAAGAAGAAGUCAUUGGAAUCGGUAAACGACAGACAGUAGCCGGGCGGGUUGUCACUUGCAAUCAGGCCAGCAUCUUCCCUUUGAACGGAUACCACUACUUCGAAUGUCUGGAUAUCCGCGUUGAUAACAACUUGAGGUUUCCCAACACCAUCACUUGUCGUAAUCUGUGGGUAGACCGAAUAAUCGACAGCACGAGUCCAGGCUACACGGAAAGAACGGAUCACUUGGAUUUCUGCAUCCAUCUUCUCAAAGCCAACAAGUUGGACGGUCGAUUUGAAGACAGAGACGUAUCGAUCGAGGCUCGAUAUACAUGUUCGAAGACUCGUGAAACCCGAAUCCAAUGGCUGUACAGCAGCUGGCGAUAUGGCGGUUCACAAGAUGCCGGCUACACGCAGGAUCUACGAUGCAAAGUGCCAUUAGGGAAACUCGAACUUCCCUAGAAAAAUUAAGCUUACCACAGUUUUCUAUUUUAUAUAAAAAACUACAUAAUUACAUUAUAUAAAA